CAGGACGCGACCCGGACGCUGAUUCCGCCGGCACUUCCGGGAGCGGCGGGAGGCGGCAGAGCCGCAGGGUUCGGCGCUGUCCCGCCCCGCGGUACCGGCCCGGCCCGGCCGCCGGCCCAGCAUGCCGUGGCGGCCCGUCUCGCUCAGCCUCUCCCCCCGCUCCUCUCCAUGCGGCUGGCCCGUAGCUCCGCCGUCGCCUCCUCCGCGCCGCCGAGCCCCGUCCGGGACGUGACCGCGGCUCGGUGCGUGUCCGGACGCUCCUCCCCGGGGCUGCCCGCAAUGGAGGCUCCCUACGGUGGCACUGAGGUCACUGUGGUCAAGGAGGAGAUAGAGGACACUUACACUUGUGCCUCACCAGUGCCAUCUAAGAAGAAAAAGAAGUACAAAAGUACUGGCGACCAUGGAGAAAAAGCUAAAAAGCCCAGAUCUGCUUACCUCCUCUACUAUUAUGAUAUUUACUUGAAAGUCCAGCAAGAGCUCCCCCACCGCCCUCAAUCUGAAAUCAACAAAAAAAUCAGUGAGAGCUGGAGGUUGCUCAGUGUGGCUGAAAAAAGCUAUUACUUGGAGAAAGCCAAGCUAGAGAAAGAGGGAUUGGAUCCAAACUCCAGGAUGUCCACUCGAGCUGCAGUAGUUGCAGACAUCCCAGGUUUCCGUAAGAUUCUUCCUCGUGCAGAUUACAUCAUUAUCCCCAAAACCACUCUCCAGGAGGACAGGAACAGGCAGUCCCUGGAACUGUGUGUGACACAAGGCCAGGCAGCACCUGAAGGGGUGACAGCUUCCCCCAAUGUCACGAGUGAGGCUGUGCAGAACCUCCUCUCUGUGGACUCCAGCCAGGUUGGCAUCUCUGAGCAGUGCAUCACCAUCGAAGGACUGGGGGAAGACACUGCCUCCUUUGCUCAGCCUGAUGCUGUGGAAGAAGUGGUCGCCUCAGAGGUUCUCUCUCACUAUGUUGGGCCCUUGACAGAGCAGGUGGCUGGAGAUAUCCUCCUGGAUGAGGCUUCUUUGGAGAUAGAAGGGCAGCAGUAUCAGACAGCCCGGGUGGUCAUUGAGGAGACUCUAGUGAGCAGCCCUGCAGACAUCUCAGGCAGCAGCAUUGCAGUGGCCUCUCCCCAGGUUUCAGAUGGUGUGUCCGUGGUGACAGUGGUGACUGGGAGGAAUACUGAAGAGAGCAGCUCCUCUGCACCUGCCACACAGUUUAUUAUGUUACCUUUGCCAGCUCAUUCUGUUGUGGAGAACCCAGCAUCAAUUAAAUUGACAACCACCUACACUCGCAGGGGACAUGGAAAUUGCAGCAAUCCUGGCUGUUCCUUCACUUAUGUCACCAGGCAUAAGCCACCAAAAUGCCCAACAUGUGGCAACUUCCUGGGAAGAAAAUGGAUUCCAAAGGAAAAGCAACCAAAAAGCAAAUCUGAGCCAAAUUCAGGCACCUCUCUCAAAACUCCAGCAGCUAAAAGAGGUCAGCAGUCAGUGUUCCCAGAGCCAGCAGCUCUUAGUGAGAGCACCUCCAAGUCUGCCCUGGAAAGCUCUGAAGCUGUCAGCCAGCUGCUGAACGCUGUGCCUGGAGGGCAAAUGAGGGAGAUAGAGUGGGAGGAAGUGAUUGUCUCUGAGGCUCACUUUCUGGCAAACAAUGUGCUUGCUGAAGACAGGGGCAGUGCUGUUGGAGUGGUGCUGGGACAAGAGAGCCAACAAGGGCAAGGAGACUCUUCCUCCGAGCAGGCAGAAAAAGACACUGUAGGGCUGGAGGUGCCACCAUCUUCUGAGGGGUCAAGUCCAAAUACCUCUGCAAAAAAGCCAGUGGGAAUUGAUUCUUCAGCUGCUGCACACAAAGGACAAGAAGCAAAGAGUAAACCAAGACCCAAGCCCUCCUUGCUGGCUGCAGCAAGGCCUAUGCGAGCAAUCCUGCCUGCACCAGCCAGCGUGGGGAGAGAAGCCAGCACUGAGCAGCCUAGCAACAGACAGGCCUUUGUCAAUACUGACAAGCAUUCCCCUGUGAGAACAUCAGGCUUGAAGCCCAGUACACUGAAACAAUUGGGCCAGUCGGUUCUGCAGCCGCCGGGUGCUGAGGAGCGCAAGCAGCUCCGCAGUGCUUUGACCAGCAGGGCAUCUCAGGUUAAAGUAGUGGAGGUCAAACCAGACAUAUUCCCUUCCUACAAGUACAGCUGCACCCUAACUCUGGAUCUGGGAUUGGCAACAUCACGUGGCAGAGGGAAAUGCAAGAACCCUUCUUGCAGUUAUGUGUACACAAACAGGCACAAGCCACGAAUCUGUCCAAGCUGUGGAUAUAAUCUUGCCAAAGACAGAGCUGAGAAAACAGCAAAAUCCCUGGAGGUCAGUCCAGGCCAGCCUGAUGUGCUGAACACCAGCAAGCCCCUAACCCCAUCCCAGAAGGAGAUCCAGCACCAGUCCACCCUGCAGCUGCUGCGCAAGGUGGUGCAGAUCCCAGAGAACGAGUCGGAAUUGGCCGAGGUCUUCACGCUCAUCCAUGAACUCAACAGCUCACGGCUCAUCCUGUCCAACGUGAGUGAGGAGACAGUCACCAUAGAGCAGACCUCCUGGUCAAACUACUAUGAGUCUCCAUCUACGCAGUGCCUCCUCUGUAACAGCCCAUUGUUCAAAGGGGGACAGAAUUCCCUUGCUGGUCCUCAGGAGUGCUGGCUGCUGACAGCUAAUAGAUUACAGGUGGUUACAGCUCAGGUCAAGGUGUGCUUGAACCUCCAGUGUCUGGCCCUCCACAGCUUCACUGAUAUUUACACAGGCCUUUUCAAUGUGGGUAACAAGUUGCUGGUGAGCUUGGAUCUUCUGUUUGCAAUCCGGGACCACAUUAAACUUGGAGAGGAUCCCAGAGUGGCUGUUGGCAAUAUCCUCGACUCUGUUCAGGAGCAAACUGAAAAAAGCUUGAGCCCUGAUGAGAGGGCUCAGCUCCAGGAACUGCUGUGCAAUGGCUACUGGGCCUUUGAAUGCCUGACAGUCCGGGAUUACAACGAUAUGAUCUGUGGAAUAUGUGGCAUUGCCCCCAAGGUGGAGAUAGCCCAAAGGAAUGUGGCAAAUGUCUUGGCACUGAAAAAUAUAGAGUUUACUUGGCCAGAGUUCUUGCCAUCAAGUGAGGUGAAUGUAGAAGACUUUUGGUCAACGAUGGAGACAGAGGUGAUUGAGCAGGUGGCAUUUCCUUCCAGCAUUCCCAUCACAAAGUUUGAUGCCUCUAUUGUUGCUCCUUUCUUCCCUCCACUGAUGAGAGGAGCAAUGGUGAUCAACACUGAGAAGGACAAGAACCUGGAUGCACAGGCAGUGCCAGGCAAUGGGAGUGCCUUGGUGAGGCUCCUUCUGGAAGAAAACUUGAGGCUUGAGCUGAUAAGCUCUUACAGUGAGGAGGAGCUGCAGAGCUUUCUGACAAAGUGCAGCAUCCCCUGGGAGGCUUCAGAUACAAAGGACCAGCUGUGCUACUCCCUCCUGGCUCUAUAUGACUUUGUGCAGAAUGGGACGAGUGUCACACAAGUCUCUGCUCACCACACAGGAGGGAAAAUCUACAAAGUGUGUCCACACCAGGUUGUGUGUGGCUCCAAGUACAUAGUAAGAGGAGAAAAUGCCCGGGAUCAUGUGGACUUGUUGGUUUCUUCUCGUCACUGGCCUCCAGUGUAUGUUGUUGAUACAGCUUCUUCAGUGGCACUGUGUGCAGACAUCUGCUGUCCUGGCCUGACUUCCCAAAUGUGGGGGAAGAACCAGGGCUGCUUCUCUGACCCCAUGGAUCCUCCAAUGUAUGUGUCCUGCCCUGAGCUGCUAGACCAGCACUACAGCUUAGACAUGACUGUGGCUGAGCACUCUAUUCAGCACCCAGUCACCAAAUCAGCAGCACGCCGGAUCGUCCACGCGGGUUCGGAGCAGGACGGGCAGCGAGACCCAACAGCUCCGCACCACUGCAUCUCCCUGUGCCGAGAGCUGGAGCCUUACAGCCCCAUCAUUGCUGCCAUCAGUGACAGCAAAACCAGCACCAUCCGCCAGAGGCCCAUCACCUUCGAGAACGCCACGCACUAUUACCUCUACAACAGGCUCGUGGACUUCCUCACCAGCAGAGAAAUUGUCAACAGGCAGAUCCAGGAGAUCGUGCAGAGCUGCCAGCCCGGGGAGGUGGUGAUCCGCGAUGCGCUGUACCGGCUGAGAGUGGCAGAGAUUAAAACAGAGACAGAAGAGGGGGAAGAGGGAAGGCAGGAGGAUGACACGGGUUGCUGAGUAACAGAACAGUGUUGGUUUCUCUCUCUGGUCAUGUGGAUGAGUGGGCUAGGCCGUCUUCUGCAAGGUUUGGGCAGCUGUCUGGCUGGAGAGAUUGUUUUUUACAGGUUGGAAGUGUGAUGCUAGUGGCUUUGACUGCUGUAAAUGACCAAAGAGCUGUGUGCUUCCAGAGUGUCACUACAGAUGCUGCAAGCAUGGGUCUGUCACCCCCUUUGUGCAGGCUGUGACUGCCUCCCCAGGUGUGCGAGAGACCCCCUGUUCAGCAGUGUGGAUUGUUGCCCUCCUUGCAGCUGGUGGGUGGAGAAGGGAGAGGUGUUUCUGGGAGUGGGGUGUACACAUGGUCAAGCGCACAGGUUUUCUAUUUUUGAAUCUUGCUUGCUGACUUCUUUGUGCAUAUUGGUGGCAGGGCUGGGGGUGUGGGAGCAGGCGUGAAAGGCAGACAGCUAAGAUUUCCACAAAAAUGUUCUGAAUAGAUUCGUUUAGGACACUGUCACCUGCUUGGAAAUCUUGCAGAGCUCUCAUGUGCAUUGGCUGCAAAGCUGCUUUAGUCGAGGAGGAGCUGUGCAGCUUCAAUUUGCUGUAUCUGGGGAGCCUCCCUGGGGGCUGCACUCCUGGGUCCAGGAUUGUGGGUGCUUUGGCUGCAGAAAGUUUCUAGAAUUGUCCCUUCACAUAAGCACUAAUAUUGUAGAAGUUGAAGCAUACAGUGAGUGAAAAGUGUCCUCCAAGUUAAGAAUUGACAAGGUGAGCCCCAUGGCUAUAUGAGCAUUGUGUGAGGUGGUGGCUGUGGAAAGGGGAAGGACACUCCUGGUGUUCUGUCCUCCUGGUCACUGGUUUGGUGGCUUUUUUUUUAGCAGUUCCAUUCUGUUAGAGCACUUGAGUUUCUGCUGUCCUGCCCUUACAGCAGAAUCACAAAGUCUGUCUGUGGGACCAAGGAGAAAUGAUGAAUGCAGGGUUUGGUGUUCCCCCCUCAGAGGAGGGAAUACAGCUGAGAGCUGCAUCCAUCUGGGGUAUCUCAGCAUUCUGCCUGGUGGCAUUUGCCGUGCUCAUGCCCACUCAGUAGGGUGUGGGUUAGAGAAGUUUCACACUGCCCAGGCUGCUUUAUCAUCUCUUUGAGAGGAGUCAGGCUGAGACCUCUGGAUGCAGAACAGAGGCUGUGGGUGCAGAGCUGUGUGUGUUGCCUGCUGCCAGCUCCCUUUUGCUAUUGCUGGUGAUGAAGGUGUUUGGGUGUUUGCUGUGACCUGCAGAGGAAGGAGGGGGAUGCUGGGCUGCCAUCCAGGGAGUUUAUUUUGUCUGGGUGAGCAGUGGGGAAGAUCCAGAGGCUUGUGGUGUGGUUGAACACUCCCUUCUGUGAAGGGGAAUCUAUUGAGUACCAUACUGUUAAUGUAUUCUCAGCAAAUGCAGUAAUUAUGGCUUGGGGUUUUUCUGUUAAGAACAUUAACUUAUUAUAAGAGACAUUAGUGACUUUUUUCAGUCAGUUAUAAAAUUUAAUAAAUUAUCUCCAAUUUUUGGGG